UGUUUACAGAUCACUUGCUUAGCCGAGAAAAAGCUUGUUAUAUUAUGUCAAACUAGCGAUUGAAUUUCCCACUGGGAUAUUGGAAAUUCCGACUUCCCAGUUUAACUGAAAACGCACCAUAACAAUACGCUGACGUAAAAACACAACCCACCAUGACCUUUCACCUUUGACUAUGUUGGUUCGCAGCAGUAUGGACGGACGACAUAACCCACCUUGUAACAGAAUACGUCGAAAGAGUUUAUCAACAAAGCAGCUCAGUAGUUUCGUAACAAGUAAUGUGGAGUCGGAAGGUGAACUCGAGUUACAUGACCCACUAACAGUUGUGAUGGCAGUUGGAGGGCUGAUGACUGCAGAUAUGUGGCUUUAGGGCCUCAGCGCUGCCCUAGCCGGCACCAUGCAUCAGAAAGGUGCAAUCCAAAUUAUUGAAUGGGAGGACCUGGACAAGAGGAAGUUCUACUCCCUGGGUGUGUUCAUGACUUUGACCACCAGGGCCACCGUCUACCCAGCCAGCCUUAUCCGCACUCUGCUCCAGGUGCAGAAGGGGAAGGCCCUCUACUCCGGCACGUUUGAUGCUUUCUGUAAGAUCCUGCGAGCGGAGGGUGUGCGAGGCCUGUACCGUGGCUUUAUGGUCAAUACGUUCACCCUGAUCUCAGGACAGGCUUAUAUUACCACCUAUGAAGUGGUGCGCAAUUAUGUGUCCCACUACUCGCCCAGUAACACGGUAAAGUCGGUGGUGGCUGGAGGCGCAGCUUCCCUGGUGGCCCAGACCAUCACUGUGCCCAUAGAUGUGGUGUCCCAGCAACUGAUGAUGCAAGGACAGGGGGAACACCUGACUCGUUUCAAGGCCAAACCGAAAAGGGUGCUCACAACAACUAAGCGCAGACUGACGUUUGGGCAAAGCCGUGACAUUACGGUGCAGAUAUUCGCAGCCGAUGGUUUCAGGGGAUUUUACAGAGGCUACGUGGCAUCCCUACUCACGUACAUCCCAAACAGUGCACUCUGGUGGCCUUUUUAUCAUUUUUAUGCAGAGAAGCUGUCCUUGUUGGCACCAAGCGAGUGCCCCCAUCUGAUUCUACAGGCUUUGGCAGGACCAAUGGCAGCAGCAACCGCCUCCACCAUCACCAACCCCAUGGAUGUUGUUCGAGCCAGAGUACAGGUGGAGGGACGAUCAUCUGUUGUUGAGACGUUCAAGCAGCUGCUGGCAGAGGAGGGGGUGUGGGGGAUGACCAAGGGGUUGUCAGCCCGCAUCAUUUCCUCCACACACACGUCGGUGCUCAUCGUGGUUGGAUACGAGACUCUGAAGAGACUAAGCCUGCGAGCUGAGCUCGUAGAGUCCAGACACUGGUGAUAGGACAGUGGGAACCAGGACACCCUCGUACCGGAACUCACCUCCAAACAGCCGGGCAGGGACUUUUCACACAGGCAAUAAUGACCCUGAUCUGUGUCCAGUCUCGGAGUAGCUCCUUAUGUUUAGCUGCUUUCCAUACGCCUUUUUAGAUCGAGAUAGUUUCAAUGCAGUAGAGUGCAAGUGGUGGUGUUUGUUUCACUUGGGAUUUGGUUGUUCUUCACCUUGUCUUUUUCUGUUUUCUCAGACCCAUUUCUACUGGCUUAUUUUCUGCUAAACUAUGACAAAAGAAGAUAGAAGUUUAAAACAAUUUUUUGCAUUUUGCCAAAAUGUAAAAAUCUAAAAACAAGACAAAUCUUAAAAAUUGACCGAGGACUGAGGAAAGUUGCUUUUUAAAAGAACCAUAGAUAACUUGAGUCUCUGAGAAAUGCCUCUUGUGCAAUAUGGAAAAACUGCUGGUUCAUGGUAGCUAUGUUCAGUUGUUUUAAAAUAGAGCUACUCUGCAGUAAAUCAGUUAAAAAUUUGUUUUUUAAUGUGCCGCAAUCUGGAGACAUAGAUGGCUUCUUUGGCCAAUUGAAAAUCUUGAUGUUUGUUGCAUUUCAGUGAAAAGAACAUUUUGUGCAGAGGUGUGAAACAUCUGGCAAGAAUCUCAAUUUGGUUUAGGCCUAAAUGAAGAGAAAAUAAGAUUUAAUUAUGACAAUGCUGUUGUUUCACAGAAGAAACCAGUACAAAUUUAAAGUGUGAAAAUUAAGCCAGACUUCCAAAAAAAAAUAUAUAAAAAAAUAUAUAUUGUGAGGUCGUUGUGAAAUCUGGCUCAAGUUUUUUUUUUUUUCCCGGAAUGUAUGUAGCUGUGUCACGGGAUUUAUUUUUCAGCAGUCUGUAAAGUCAGCUGUGCAGGUAUAAUGAUGAAUUGUACUUAUAAAUAAGUUGAUCAGACAGGUGUUUGUGCUUCUUUUUGUUUCUAUCUGUAAAUAACUGUACAGAACAAAGUGAAGCUUGACAAAAGAGGUGGACAUUUUCUGCAGUUGAUAAUUUUGUACAUUAUGCUUCUCAGAUGAUUGGGAAUCAAAUCUGCAAUCAUUUUGUUAGAGUGAAGAAACUACUGGGCCAUGCUAACACUGGGAGAGUAAAGGCAGCAGCGUCACACCAGCUGACAUCUAAACUCCAAAAGUUGCCUUCAAAAUUUCAAAUAAUUAAUAUUACUGCCAGAAAACACAUCUCAGUGAGGUUUCACAUACAAACAGGACAUAGCAGGACCACAGUUUCUAAAGUCACGCAAUUAAUCUCUGCAAAUCUAAUUUAAUGGACCUUUGCCUGUAUGGAGAAAGUUCUUCACAUGUAUUUACCAACUACACGCUGUGUGAUCUGAGUUGUUAAAUGUACAGUUUGGUGUGUUUCAAACUUGGACAACUUGUGGACCUUUUCAUGAAAAUAAAAAUAUUCUGAAUCACUG